AUGAAAUUCCUCGCCACAAUCCUCACAGCCCUCACCCUCGCCGGCCUAACCACCGCCAUCGCCUCUCCAACCCUUAUUAAAGAAAAAAGGGCAAAUACCGGCUGCGAUUGUAAUAAUAAUAAAAAGUUGAAGAUUAGGGACUCAAACGUCGCUGUUGCCGAACCAGCAUUACUCCCAGCAGUCAUUCCAUCGGUAGAUACGAAAUCUACUCCGGAUCCAUCGAAGGAUGGUUGUUUGAAGCAGUUGGAGCAAUAUGGUGCUUAUGCUGAUCCUAGGUGUAUGGGGUAUGGAGCGCCGUUGGAGUUGAUUGAUCAUUAUAGAGGGGGAAAGGUGGCUGAUAAAAAGGCGGUGGUGGGGGCGGGUACUCAGUAG